CUCACUCCAGCUUGUCCUCCGAGCGUAGACGCCACCGCAGAGGCUGCUGCCGGGAGCGGUGUCCGUGGGUUUGCUGGUGUGUCUCUCAGCGCCGGUGUCUGUGCCGUUGAACUGCCCGCCAUGGCUGAACUAGAUCCGUUCGGCGCCCCUGCCGGCACUCCCGGCGGCCCCGCUCUGGGGAACGGGGUGGCCGGCGAAGAAGACCCGGCCGCGGCCUUCUUGGCGCAGCAGGAGAGCGAGAUUGCGGGCAUCGAGAACGACGAGGCCUUCGCCAUCCUUGACGGCGGCGCCCCUGGACCCCAGCCACACGGCGAGCCGCCGGGGAGUCCGGAUGCUGUUGAUGGAGUGAUGAAUGGCGAGUACUACCAGGAGAGUAAUGGCCCAACAGACAGUUACGCAGCUAUUUCACAAGUGGAUCGAUUGCAAUCAGAGCCUGAAAGUAUCCGUAAAUGGAGAGAAGAGCAAACGGAACGCUUGGAAGCCCUUGAUGCCAACUCUCGGAAGCAAGAAGCAGAGUGGAAAGAAAAAGCAAUAAAGGAGCUGGAAGAGUGGUAUGCGAGGCAGGAUGAGCAGCUACAGAAAACAAAAGCAAACAACAGGGUGGCAGAUGAAGCUUUCUACAAACAACCCUUCGCUGACGUGAUUGGUUAUGUCACAAACAUAAGCCAUCCUUGCUACAGCCUAGAACAGGCAGCAGAAGAAGCCUUUGUAAAUGACAUUGACGAGUCAUCCCCAGGCACUGAGUGGGAACGGGUGGCCCGGCUGUGUGACUUUAACCCUAAGUCCAGCAAGCAGGCCAAAGACGUCUCCCGCAUGCGCUCUGUCCUCAUCUCCCUCAAGCAGGCCCCCCUGGUGCACUGAAGAGCCACGCUGUGGAAACACUACAUCUGCAAUAUCUUAAUCCUACUCAGUGAAGCUCUUCACCUAAUUGGAUUAAUCAUGUUGAGUUCUUUUGGACCAAACCUUUUGUCUUUAGAGUUACUCAUUGUUUGUGAUUGCAUGUUUCUUCCUUCAACUGUGUUCUCCCGGGCAGACAGGAGGGGGAGGUGGCAGCAGGGAGAGGGAAGCCUCCCACGGUAGCCUCAACCUGUGCUUUUUGUGCAUUAUUCUGGGAAUAAAUUUGUUUCAAACAAUAAA